ACAAGUCUCAUUUACAUCGUCUCCACUUGCUGUUCUUAAACAUAACAGUUAAUUAUUCUUCGCACUUGAAUAUUACAGUUCACAUUAUUAGUAUCCAUAUCAAGAGAAUUUCAACAAUUCCGCUUUUUUUUCAAACUAAGCCUUGGUGGUGUCUUUUUUUUUUUUUUUUAACAAGGAAACCAGGAUCAACCCUGGAUAAACAUACCAUUGUCGUUUACAUUUCGUCCCUGUAAUAGAUUUACCAAGAAAGAAUUGAUACGGGGCUCAUCCCACUGCAAGUGUUUGAAUAAAGUGAAGUUUCCUCUCACAGAAAACGGUAUCUCCAUCAGCAGCCGUGUAAAAGACCAGGGAAAGAAAAGAGGGAAAUUACUUUCAAAUUUAAUUAGCUAAUAUUACAUUUCAUGAAUCUUGCUAAAAGCAUUACUGGAAACAUCUUCAACCCUUCACUAUUAUCAAUUACUCGAAACCCCAGACUAAUCUUCAUUCCUUUCUCCCCCAGAGAAACAAACUUGUCAUAUUUUCUUGAGAAAAAAUAUCUCCGUUGUAUUACUUCAAGACAACCCAAUAACAUUGCCCCCAUUUCAGAAGUAUUCUGUACACGUCUUGUCUCUUAUUGCAACUCAAAGUUUAUUAAAGAUGGCAUUUGUAUCCACAGCCCCAUUAUCAAGUUGGGUUUUCAAGAUAAUUUAAUUCUAAAUAACAAUCUCUUAUCUUUGUAUUCAAAAUGUUUUGGUGUUGAAUAUGCACGUGAGUUGUUCGAUGGAAUGUCUUAUAGAGAUGUAGUUUCUUGGACUUGUGUUAUAUCUGCUUAUGUCAAAGAUGGUAGUUAUACAGAGGCACUGGAUUUAUUCCGUAACAUGAUUAAUUUAUCUGAAGUUCCUAAUGAGUUCACUUACUCGAGUAUAUUACGAUCCUGUUCAUCUUUGUUGGAAUUUGAGCUAGGAAUUUGUACUCAUACUCACAUUAUAAAACGUGGGUUCGAGCCAAAUCCUGUUUUACGAAGUGCUUUAAUCGAUUUUUAUUCAAAGUGUGGUUACUUUGAAGAAUCUCUUAAAAUAUUUGAUAUAAAGAACAACGGUGACACUGUUUCUUGGACUACUAUGAUCUCUUCUUUAGUUCAAUCUCAGAAUUGGAUACAGUCUCUGAAGUUGUAUUUGCGGAUGAUUGAAGGGGGAGUUUCACCAAAUGAAUUCACUUUUGUGAAACUUUUGAUGGCUUGUAGCAUUUUAGGUAUGAAGUAUGGGAAAUUGGUUCAUGCCCACAUUGUUUUAAUGGGCAUUGAGCUGAACUUGAUUAUGAAAACAGCUCUUGCUGACAUGUAUUCCAAAGGUCAAAGAAUGGAAGAGGCAGUAAAGGUAUCAAACCAGACUCCAGAAUCUGAUGUCUGGUUAUGGACAGCUUUGAUUACCGGGUACGCUCGAGUUUCGAAUUUUGGUGAAGUAAUUUCUUCAUUUCGUGAGAUGCAACUAAAGAGGAUUUUGCCAAAUUCUUUCACUUAUGCUGGAAUUUUAAAUACAGCUGCAUCUAUCCGUGAGUGGGAGCUAGGAAAACAAAUUCAUUCUCUUGUUAUCAAGGAUGGGUUAGAGACGAGUGUUUCUGUUGGAAAUGCACUUGUUGACAUGUACAUGAAGAGCUCUGCAGUGGUAAGAGACGCUUUGGGAGCGUUUGAAGAGAUAAUUUCACCAAAUGUUGUUUCUUGGACCUCUUUGAUUACCGGUUUUACUCAACGUGGCCUUAAAGGUGAAGCAUUUCAAGCAUUUAUGGAUAUGCAAGUUUUUGGCUUGCAACCAAAUCCUAUCACAGUUGCAGAAAUUCUCAAGAGCUGUGCUUCAAAUGAAGUAAGAAAUCUUCAUGGAUAUGUGAUUAAAUCAGAACUGCGUAAUAAUGUAACAGUUGGUAAUGCUCUAGUUGAGGUUUAUGCUAGGUUCGGAUCAGUUGGUGAUGCUUGGAAUGUACUACAAGGAAUGCCCUGUAGAGAUGUCGUAACGUAUACAAACUUGGCUGCUGGAUUGAAUCAGAUGGGUGAUCAUCAAACGACUUUAAGCAUCAUCUCCAAUAUUUACAAGGAUCAACUUAAGAUGGAUGGACACAGUAUGGCUACUUUUUUGUCUGCAUCAGCAAGCUUAGCUGCAACGGAAACUGGGAAACAACUUCACUGUCAUUCUGUGAAAUCAGGAUUAGGAAGUUGGAUAUCCGUCUCAAAUGCCCUUGUUGAUUUGUAUGGAAAGUGUGGAAGCAUAAAUGAUAGUCAAAGAUCUUUUUCUGAGAUAUUAGAUCCAAAUGUGGUGUCUUGGAAUGUUUUGAUCUCUGGGCUAGCUUCGAAUGGCCAUUUUUCCUCUGCUCUUUCGAUCUUUGAGGAUAUGAUUUUGGCAGCAGUCAAACCCGAUCAUAUUACAAUGUUAUUAGUACUUUAUACUUGCAGUCACGGUGGUCUGAUUAAUAGAGGAGUUGAGUACUUCAACUCCAUGACUGAAACGCAUGGAAUACAGCCAACCAUUGAUCACUAUAUUUGUCUAGUUGAUCUUCUUGGUCGAGCUGGACGCUUAGAAGAGGCCAUGACUGUAAUUGAAAACAUGAAGCCUGCGCAAGAUGCUUUAAUUUACAAAACAUUGCUGGGUUCCUGUAGGAUACAUGGCAAUGUGACUUUGGGGAAAGACAUGGCGAGGCGGGCACUUGAGUUGGACCCGUCAGAUCCAGCAGUUUAUGUCCUUCUUGCUAACAUUUAUGACGAUGCUGGAAAAACAAAAUUAGGGGACUUGACACGUCAGCUGAUGAGGGACAACGGAUUGAGGAAGAAUCCUGGAAAGAGCUGGGUGGAAAUAUAGGGAACCUUUACUUAGUUUGACCACCUUCACUAUCAGGCUACAGGAAAUCGGAUUUUGCCAAGCAACUUCAGAGAGAAGAUUGCAAGCUUCCACGAGCGAGGAUUAGCACUCCAACAAGAUGUAUGCAAUUACUUAUCCUUUAUCAUGUUCUUUAAUAUUUUUCUAUAUGAAUUUGAAAAUUUUGGAAGGAAAUAACCAAGAUGCUGGAUAGGUUGAGUAAGGUAAAAUGCUACUGUACAUGUGUAAUCAAGAUAGCAUAUAUUAUGUUUGGAACAACUGUGUACAUAUGAGAUGGAUAAGUGUUGGAAUGUGCACAUAGAGUGGUUCUUUUUUUUGUGACAUGGUGGUAUGGGUAUGGCCGUAUGGUAAAAUACGAUGAUCAGGUGCUUUUCAUCAAACUUUGCUGAACAAUAUUGGUCAUUAACCUAAGACGCUAUCGCUAUUUGUAUCUACCAAUUUUAUUUUUUUUGCAAUUGAUAUUCCUGCAUGUGAGCGAAGAUCCCUGUAAUAUGGCAUAUAUUGUGUUUU